AUGGCCCAUCAUUAUCAAGAUGCUAUGGCAAUUGUUCGCAUUUUGGGUCCGCUUGAUUUAUUUAUAACUUUCACUUGCAAUCCAAACUGGCCUGAGAUUGUAAAUGAGAUAUCUACACGUGGAAGUCGUCGCACUGAAGAUAGACCAGACAUUGUAGCACGUGUUUUCAAGAUCAAAUUGAAACAAAGGCUUCGCGAUUUGAAGGAUAACAAGAAAUUUUAUGUCAUUGAAUUUCAAAAGCGCGGACUUCCACAUGCGCAUAUUCUCAUAACAUUGGAACCAGAAGAUAAACCUAAGUGUUCAGAGGAUAUCGAUGUAAUUAUCUCUGCGGAAAUCCCUGACAAGGAUAUAGAUCCUUUGGCAUUUGAAACAAUUACCAAGAACAUGCUCCAUGGACCAUGUGGGCCAUGUUUAGUUGAUGGAAAGUGUUCAAAAAAUUUCCCGAAGAAAUUUUGUACUGAAAUCAGCUUUGAUGAUAAUGGCUUUGUGCAUUAUAGACGUAGACAACAUAGAGAGCCCAUCAUUGUUAAUGGAAGGGAGGUAGAUAAUCGUUGGGUGGUACCAUAUAAUAGAGAUCUAUGUGUUAAGUACAAUGCACACAUAAAUGUUGAGCGUGUUGCUGUGAGAAGUGUGGUAAAGUAUCUAUACAAGUAUGUUACUAAAGGUCAAGAUCGAGCAACGGUUGUCAUUGAAAACAAUUCAACCACACGACAUGGUCAAGAGGUACGAAAAGGAAACAGAGUGGAUGAGAUAAAACAGUACUUAGAUUGUCGAUAUGUAUCGGCCAUUGAAGCAUGCUGGAGAAUAUUUGAGUUUGAUUUGCAACAUCAAUAUCCUUCAAUGGAACUACUUCAGUUUCAUCUACCUGGUGAACAAUUUGUAGUUUUCAAUGAUAAUGAUGAUCUGCACAGAGUCCUUGAACGACCGAGAUUGCAACAAACCAUGUUAACUAUGUGGUUUCAAGCUAAUAAGGAUUUUCCAGAAGCAAAUCAAUACACUUACCAAAAUUUUCCUAUGGGAUUUACAUGGAAUCGUUCUACAAAAAGGUAG